AGCCCCUUCAAAUGCGUUCACAAAAAGACUAUCCCCUUUCUCUCCUCCCAAACACCACACGGCCCCUUCUCGUGUUUUGACUUUGAAUUUAUCUCCACAGCCCCAUGUAUAUAACCCUACCCUUUGCUUCUCCAAGCCUAUCAUCAACUCCUAUCCAGACAAACAAUUUCUCCACAUAUAUAUGAUCCAUCGCUUUGGUUCUUGAAUCCAUCUUUCACACACACAGAUAUAUAUUUGCUUUGAGGUUUCGAUCGAGUACUCUUCAUCUUCUUGAUCGCUUCGAAUGGACGAAAUCGAAGUUCCACCGUUUUUCCUCUGCCCCAUCUCUCUAGAGAUGAUGAAAGAUCCGGUCACCGUCCCCACCGGAAUCACGUACGAGAGGGAAUCAAUAGAAAGGUGGAUAUUUUCCGGGAAAAACAAGACUUGCCCGGUAACCAAACAAGUUCUUUCGGACCCAGAAGAUUUAACCCCAAACCACACUCUCCGCCGGCUGAUCCAGUCUUGGUGCACCCUGAACGCCUCCCACGGCAUCGAAAGGUUCCCGACGCCGAAGCCUCCGGUCAACAAAGCCCAGAUUUUGAAGCUUCUCAACAGCGCAAAAUCCCCACAGAAACAGAUGAAUUGCCUCCGAGAGCUCAAAUCCAUUGGCUCCGCAAGCGAGGCCAACAAAAGGUGCAUAGAAUCCGCCGGUGCAGUCGACUUCCUAGCUUCACUUGUCAGCUUCAAAACCAAUGCUUCAGCCCUAGAAGAAGUACCAUGCGACGAUGCCUUUGAAUUCACAAGUCCCGGCAACGAGGCCCUGAGAGUUCUCUACAAUCUCCGGCCGUCCGAAGCCAGCCUCAAGUCUCUCUCCAAUAGCGGAUUCACCGACUCCCUAUUGCGCGUAAUGCAAAGAGGAGACUACGAGUCCCGCGCCUACGCAGUCUUCUUGAUGAAAUCGAUCCUCGAAGUCGCUGAAUACCCGCUAUUAACAAACCUGAAACCAGAGUUCUUCAUCGAGAUAAUCCAGCUCCUGCACGAUCAGAUAUCGUCCAAGGCCUCAAAAGCUUCUCUUCAGCUCCUGAUCAACGCCAUUCCCUGGGCCCGGAACCAGGCUAAAGCAGUGGAGGCCGGCGCCGUGCCGGUUCUCGUGGAUCUCCUCGUCGAUUCGCCGGAGAAGAGGAUCAGCGAGAUGAUCCUGGUGGUGUUGGAUCUGCUCUGCCAUUGCGCGGAAGGGAGAGCGGAGCUGUUGAAGCACGGGGCGGGGUUGGCGGUGGUAUCCAAGAAGAUACUUAGGGUUUCGAGGGUGGGGAGUGAGAUGGCGAUGAGGAUUCUGCUUUCGGUUUCCAAGUACUCGGCGAGUCCCAGCGUGGUUGAGGAGAUGCUGCAGCUGGGCGUGGUGGCGAAGCUGUGCCUGGUGCUUCAGCUGGAUGCUGGCAACAAGGCCAAGGAGAAAGCCAGGGAGAUCCUGAAGCUGCAUGCUAGGGCUUGGAAGGACUCUUCAUGUCUACCACUCACCUUGCGCUCUUCUUAUCCAUCUUGAGAGGGAGAUAGAGAGGUUUGCAUUUGUGUACAUAAUAUAGUGCUAAUUGGUUUAGCAUUGGAACAUUAGGAUUUAAUCCAGGGAACAACAAAUAGUGUUGCCUGAUUAAUUUUUGAAGUAAAAUUGUUGAAGCAAUUAAAGCAGCUAGCAUGUAUAUAUAUAUAUAUAUAUAGUCUGUGGUGUAUUACAAAUUAAAGAAUUAACCAA